AUGGCUGAGUCUUGCAUCACCCAUUCCCUUCCCAGCUAUCCCCGUCCAGAUUAUGCCGAGAUUGUUGUGGUGCGCCAUGGUGAAACAGCAUGGAAUAAUGAGGGAAGAAUUCAGGGACAAAUGGAAGUUGAAUUAAAUGAAGCUGGAAAACAGCAAGCUGCUGCAGUGGCUGAUAGACUAUCCAGGGAACCUAAGAUCUCUGCUAUAUAUUCUUCUGACUUGCAACGUGCUUUUGAAACUGCACAGAUAAUUGCAAUCAAAUGUGGAGUGCUAGAGCUUGUAAAGGAUUUUGAUCUUCGGGAAAGACACAAGGGGAAUCUUGAAGGCCUUUUUUAUCGUGAAAUAGCUAAGACUAAUCCCAUGGGUCACAAGGCUUUGAUGUCUAAGAAUGAUGAUCAACAACUCCCAGGUGGUGGAGAAAGUUAUGCGCAACUAUUUGAACGCUGCAAAUCUGCGUUGCUGAGAAUUGGAAGAAAACAUAAAGGGGAGCGAGUUGUUGUAGUGACUCAUGGAGGAUCAAUUGAAACACUUUACAAGUGGGCCAAUGCAAAUGGAAGUUAUGCAGGAAAAAUAGACAAUGCAUCCAUCGCUAUUUUUCACUUGGAUGGUGAGGAUAACUGGGCCUUAAAAAAGUGGGGUGAUGUUAGCCACCUGAGCCAGAAUGGUAGAGCUUCUGGUUAG